GCGGGCAUGUGCUGGCAGUCGCUGUGCAAGUGUCGUGAAGCAACAUCCUCCCUCAUCCUGCAGCAGCUGCUUCGAACUGCUUCCAAACAAAACGGUGUUCCGCAUCUCUCUCUCUCUCUGUGUUUGUGUGUGCGUAUGUUUUGCGUGCUGUGUGCUUAUUCAAAGAUCUUGUCCAGCACUUGAGAAGACGGACAAAUAUUUGCUCAUUGCUUCUGCUCCACUACCGAAGGGAUUUUACCGCUAAUUAAGCGCCUCGGCUACGCCAAACACGAUCCUUCUGCGCAUAGCCCGGAUCAAGUGUGUCUGUGUGUGAGUGUGUGUGUGUGUGAGUGUGUUACCCAGAAGAAGGGUGGUGGUUCAAGUGUUUUAUUUUCCCUUAACGAGUGCCGCACCAUCCAAGCAGCCCAACACCAAGCCCAAUCGGAAGAGGGCUUCUAGAAAACUCGGACGGACGGACCACAGGUCGCGGGGCAGAAGGCAGCACACCACAGCACUAUUUGCGCGCCCAGAUCGAUUGACCAGUGUCGUACGGCCAGCGGAGUGUCGUGCGUUAUCAGCCCAGUGGGGAAACAUAAAAAUCAUAAUGACGUCGCUGGCGGUAAUGGAGCUAAACAACAACUGCGGCGGCGAUGAGAACCGGAACGAAGAUUGCGAAAAGUAUCUACGCGAGCUGACGAAAACCUUCACCGGCAUCGACAAACCGCUCAAGAACGCAAGGAAGUGUGAAACGCUGACCGAUUUGAUCGGCGAGCUGCGCAAAACGUUCGACUCGGACCACGUCAACAUCGAGUACGUGAACCAUCUGAUGCUGAGCUACCAGUCGAACCCGGCCGAGUGGCGCAAGUUUGCCAAAUUCGACCGAUACCGCUACACCCGAAAUCUGGUAGAUGCCGGUAAUGGCAAGUACAACCUGAUGAUUCUCUGCUGGAACGAAGGGCACGCAUCGGCCAUCCACGAUCAUGCCGAUUCGCAUUGCUUCAUGAAGAUGCUCAAAGGACAGCUGAUGGAGACGCGCUAUGCCUGGCCGAAGGAUGCGACGGUCACGGAGGACAGCAAGGCGGACAUUGGUAGCGGUCAGCCGGCUGGCGAAGAGGUGGAAUACAAUGGGGACGAGCUGGAGGAGCUUUCGCGCAGCACGCUGGAAACGAAUGGCGUGUGCUACAUUAACGAUACGCUCGGGCUGCACCGGGUCGAAAAUCCGAGCCACACCGAUGUGGCCGUCUCGCUGCACCUGUACUGCCCCCCGUUCGAUGUGUGCUCCAUCUUUAACAAACAAAAUGGCAAGCGCACCAAGUGUAAGGUCACCUUCUGGAGCAAGUUCGGCAAACGAGAAUCCUCUAAUGUGAACUAGGACUUGAUAGCUGGCAGUCGGCAGAUGUAUCGAGACUGACGUUUGCAAGUGAUAGCAAUGAAACGAAUGCAUGAUCAUUUUUCUGCAUUUCCGUUAGUGGUAAUCCUCCAAGAGAAACGCUAGGGCUGUAUUUCAGAUAAGAUAAGUAAAUGAGAUUACUUUUAGAUUACUGCUCAUAAUUCAGGGCAAAAGUGUGCUACGAGUGAAUAAAAUGUCUAUAACGAUUAAA